AGCACGCCGUCGACGCCGCGCACGAGCGUGACAGCCGGCCGCGUGACGACGCGGACCACGCGCCGAGUGCGCCCGGCCCCGACGUCAACACCACCAUGGCGGCCCACCAGGACGUCCUCAACGACGGCAGCCUCUUCGACGUGCCGCUGCCCCGCGACGGCGAUGACCUCGCCCCCACCAGGCACUCCACCGUCGUCGAGUCUGACCCGCUGCGUCCUGCUGCAGGUUUCGCCAACCCGGCUUUCGCCGAUGACGUGGGCUUCGACGAGGAGCUGCCCGAGCAGAGGAGCUUAGGCGGGCCGACGAUCCCGUAUUCAGACUACGGCUCCGUGUCCAGGGCGCCCAUCCCCGUCCCCACAAUCUCGCAGGGCAUGGUGCCCUAUUCGGGGCUCCACCUCCUGGCCGGCGUGGAGGCCGUCGAGAUCCAGCAGACCGUGGAGCUGACAGACUUGCUGGCGUCGGUGGAGUCGGAGAACCGGUACGUGGUGCGGUCCCCGGUGUCCAGCGACACGCUGCUGGUGGCGGCCGAGACCUCGUCGUCGUGCCAGCGGCAGUUCGUGGGCUCGUCGCGGGGGCUGCGCAUGCGCGUGUACGACCCGAGUCGCCAGGAGGCGCUGCACCUGAGCCGCCGGCUGGCGUGCGGCGCGGGGGCGUGCGGCCUGCUGGGCUGCUGCUGCUACCUGCAGCGCGUCGACGUGCUGCUGCCGCCCGGCAGGCCCCUCGGCGCCGUCGUGCAGAACUGGAGCAUGUUCGUGCCCUCGCUGCACGUCGAGGACGUCGUCGGCACCGUACUCUACCGCAUCGAGGGCCCCAGCGUGGCGCCCUGGACCUGCACCAUCAAGGAGGCCGUCUUCAAGAUCACGAGCAGAGACAGCCUGGUGGAGCUGGGUUCCAUCUCGCACCACUGGAAGUCCACGCAGUCCACCUACACGACGGUCAUCAUCUUCCCCAGCGCGGAGCUCAGCAUCCACCACAAGGCGCUGCUGCUGUCGGCCGCCUUCCUCCUGGAAUACAUGUACUUCGAGAGUUCCAAGAAAAAAACCUGGCUGCCGUGUAUUUGCUGACCUCCACAGACGAGUGGCGAAACCAAAUCGCAGCGCGGUUCCAAAAAAAACCGGCACUUGUCUUGUCCGCGACCGGCACUUCAAACUGUUCCUUAUUGUAAGAUAAUCAAAAGUUGUUUUCGUUUUGUACUGUAAAUAAUAAAGUAAUUAGAAGAGAAACCGCUA